AUUGUACUGCAAGAACGGAUGACAACAUUUUAAUAGCACAUCAUAAUAUUCAAUCGGAAAGUGAACAGAUUCUGUCAACACCAUACAUAGGAGAUGUAAGUAAAGUUCCUAAUAUUAUGUGGGAUCCGUUGAAACUAACCCCAUUAAAAAAUACAAUUGAAAUUAAUAAAUUAAGGAAAGAAAUUAAAGAUCUGAAAGAAAAUCAUUCACAAUUGAAAGAUUUGCAUUUCCAUCAUAUUUCCGGACACGCUGGUCUUAUACUUUCAUUGAUAGUUAUGGCAAUUUUGAUAAUAUAUUUUGUAAAAAAAAUGUUUGAUUAGGCAAAGAUUAGAAGCCAUAACAUUCGCCGGCCUGUUGCCAGGAAUUUAAUGGCAAAUAAUUAAGUAAAUGAUAUAUAUAUAUAAAUAUGUUAAAAAUUAUAAAAAAUGUACCGACCACUUAAUCAUUGUUUGCACAAAUGUCGAAAAUAAAAUAUAUUGUUAACUAAAUGUCAAGCUUGCCGGGCCUUUGGUAGAAUGUUCAUAAGAACACGAAUUAUUAUAAUUUUUAUUAUUAAGAAAGACAAAUUCAAACCAAUGUGUUCAGACGAACACGACUAUGUUUAUAUUAGAUAUGUAAAGGCUGCGGAUGUUUAGGUAAUAAAAUCUGUAUCUGUACCAAAAAACUGCGGCCUGGCAGCGCCCACUUGAGCCUGAUACAACGCGGUAUCGAAAACACUUGACAUGUAAUAUGACCUCCUGCGAGCGGUCGCACUAUGUUAAAAGAUAAGUGCUAUCGGGGUAGCAGAGAUAUCUUUUAUCGCACUUAGAACCGUUUCCCACGAUCGGGGAUGUGCCGAUCCGUGGGUCUAAAGAUAAGAACAUUUGUCGAUUCACAUGUUAGCUACCUAAGCUAGGUUUUAUUAAAAAUAAAAUCAGUUUUGCAAUAGAACUCAACGAAUGAAGAUUGUUUUUAUUUAAACCUUCUUUUCAUUUUGGUCCUUCGCAACUCUGACGUUCUCCCACACCAUUGGUAAGAGACUCAGAGAAAAAGAACGGUCCUGCUAAGUGGUAACACUUAAAAAGCUACAGGUUGCAAAAAUAAUUGGCUCUAGAUUUCCCCGGUAAGAAUCAGAGCAUAAAUUAAUAAAGCAUAAGGAUAGACAAGAAUCUUUAUUGCUUAAUAAAUUUACACAAUUAUUAAAAACAAAAAAUUUAUUCUUUGUUAAAAAAAAAAAAUUGUGAAAAAUAUAAAAUUUUUUAAUAAAAUUUGCUAUCAUGCAAAUAAAUAUUUGGCGUUAUUUCGAAACCAUAAACAUCGAAAUCGGUGAUAAAUUAUUGGGCGUAUUCGAGGCCAUAAACAUCGAAAAAGUGGUGACAAGUGAAAGUAAAAAGAAAAAAUCCUACCGACAUUAAAUCCCAGUUGUGACAGUUCCGUGAGCUUACAGAGAAGAUCAAGAAAAAAGAAAAAAUAAUGCCAAAAGGAUAUACAAAAAUAAUAAUAAUAUUAAAAAUCAACAUAUAACAAACUUAAAAAAAAAAAAGUUGAAGACAUCUAAAGCCACCAACUACAACGACUACAGCAGUAACGUGUGAGCGGCAGCAACAGCAUCAGCAGAAGCAGCAACAACAUCAGCAGAAGCAGCAACAACAUCAGCAGAAGCAGCAACGCCAGAGACUACAACAACUACUGCAGCAACUUAUCGGCGACAGCAACGACAACUACAGCCACACGGCAGCGUAAGCAGUUUGAAUACACCUUUUUGUUAAAAGUAAUGGCUCUCGAAGGACUUGGAAGAGUUUUUGGAUCAUUGGAGAAUACGAUCGUCUACGCCGAGGUAACUGUAAAUGUUACCAACCUUAGGCUUAAUCUUCAGCAUUUCCGAAUAAUACGAUUCAGCAAUAUUGAAGUGCAAUUGGAUCAACCUCGUGUAAUUAAAGAACUGACUGGUACUAUUUUAGGCCCAAUCACGAGUUUGUUCAAGGACCGGAUAACAACAUCAAUAUCUGAUGGUCUAAAGGGGCAAAUGCAAUCUGUUAUAAAUGAUUUUAAUAAUGAUGAUCCUUUAAAAUUGUGCGAAUUUGCUAAAAAAUUGGUAUCGGGACUACCAGGAAAUGCAACCAACAACCUUAAAUUUAAAUAAUGCUUUUGUUAAUAUACACAUAUUUUUAUUAAAUAAAGUUUUCCGAAAUUGAAA